AUGCAUGUGUGUGUGAUUGGGUGCAUUCGGUACGACGCCCGUUUAAUAGAUGCGAACGUUAAUAUACGCACGGAGUUGUAUCAUCAGUUAGGGACUCUCUUGAAAUCAGCUUUGGUUGCAUCUCGGAUGACACCGGCUUAUCGCUACUAUGUGCGCAAGCAAAGUGCCGAGACCUUCGUCAUUAUGUACAGGGUAUAUGAAAAAGAACCAGAAAUGGAUUUGGGCGAUGAGCAGCGAAGGGUGAACAUCGGAGUAGUGGCAUCACCGUUUGGUGGCUUUCGCAUUGAUCUUCAUUACCGCACGAAAAUGGAAAUCACUCGGUUAGUUAAAAAUCCUGGAUAUCUCAUUUCAUUUUUGCUCAUUUUCAUCACCUCUUUUUGCUAUUUUCUAAUUUCGUAA